AUGCCAAGGUCUGCCCGUCUCGCCGCAAUUCCAACGUAUUCUCCACCACGCGGUAAGCUUUGGGGCUUCAAUUUGGCAAAGUACGGUGAGAAUUUCAAGGUGGCGGCCAAGGAGUUCUUAGAGGCGCUUGCACCGAGACGCUUGUCUAGCCGUGACGAGGAUGUUGUCCACUUGCGAGAAUUCCAUACGGUGAAGGAUGCGGAGGGCAGCUAUCAAAGCACUUUGCACUUAACUGACAAGGGACGUCUCCUCCAUCCCUACCUUUGGGAUAAAACGGAUUUCGAAGGAGAGAAGCGUGCAUCCAAGAAAGAAGCAGACGACUCCGCAGCCAAAGUGUUUUGGGACGAUCCCCAUGUAUUGGACAUAGCUAGAAAGCUGAGACCUUCAAAGAAGGCUCAGAGAAUCGACCGCAACAGGAUUCUGAAAAAUCUAAAGAACAGUGCCAAGCGCCAAGCGAAGCGGUUGGCGCAAAGAGCGGCAGUUCAGACCUAG